AUGCCAAACGUCGAUUCCUCCUCUUCAACAGACGAUUCUUCCCCUCAGCCGCAGACACCGCUUUCCUCAUCUCAAACAGGCUCCUCUAUCGCUGACCCUGCUAACGCCGAUCCGUCUCCCGAUAAUAUCGCUGGCGGCAAAAAGCGCAAACAGAAUCGUCGUAUUAACACUGCUGAACGCCGAGCGACCCACAAUGCCGUUGAGCGCCAGCGCAGAGAGACUCUGAACGGAAGAUUCUUGGAUCUUGCCGCUAUUCUUCCUAAUCUAUCUCAAAUCCGCCGACCAUCAAAGUCUGCCAUUGUCAACUCUUCAAUCGCCUACUUCCAUGCUUCCCGUCGACACCGUCUUCUGGCUUCGCGUGAGCUACGACUGCUCAAGUUUGAGACCGAUGCUUUGCGCCGUGAACUCAAUGACUGGCGCGACAGGGCAUCUAUCCGCCGAGUCCAGGAACCUACCCGGAGUGAUGGAUUCAGCAUAGUCCUCAGCGGAGAACUCGAGAUAUUGCCUAUCGACGGUAUAGACAACGAGGACGGUGAUGAUGGUGAUGAUGACCUAUAUACACCGGUUGUUUCCCCGGACGAUAACUUUGAGCAUCCUUUCGACAGUCCACCCUCUACUCGCCCACCCGCAUCUGGUCCUGAGCACGAUUCGUAUAACAUGAACGCAGUGUAUCCCAUACAGCGGCCAAUGGGAGGUCGUGGACCUGUACCGGUGAUCGCGUCUCCUAAUGGCAUGGCAGUGGAAAAUCCAGCUGCAACCUUUGACGCAAUGGGCAGUGGCGUUGCCGAGCCUUAUCCUGCAUUUGGCGAGAUGGGCCAGGGUAUGCAGAAUAAAUGGACUGUGCAGGACCAGGCUUACUAUGGUCCCCCGCCUGAGCGAGAACACGUACAUAGCAAUCGCAAGACUAGCCUCGGAGACCAGCCUGCACAGUAUUUCGAGCAGCGCUGGAACAACAACAACGGCAUGCACAAUAUCGAAAUGAACGGCAACAACAGCGGUGGUUCGUUCGGAAUGAUGUAG